CCUCCUCCUCCCCCUCCCGGGCCGGGACGCGAUGGGAAAGGGCUGGGUCACCCCCAAACCCAGCUGCGGAUUUCCCAUUCCGAAACGUUAGCUGGAUGGAGGAGGAGGUUGUGAGGAAGAGGAUGAUUUCCCAGUACAACCAGGCAAGGAGCUGAGGAUGGAGACCAGGGGUGACAAAUCCCCACAGCAGAACCUCAUGGAAGAGGCCGUUUUGAGCAGCUCUAUGGCACAUGAAUCCAACAGGGAGGAAAAUCCUCAGAGAUCCCACAGGAGGACGGUCUGCAAACCCAGCCCAGGGUGCUCUGAGGAGGAAAGACCCACCCUGUGCCAGGAAGGUGGACAGAGCUUCAGCCAAAGCUCAGAGCUGGUGGUCCAUGAGCAGCUUCACGAUGGGGAGAAGCCCUACAAGUGCUUGGAGUGUGGGAAGAGCUUUGGGUGGAGCUCCCGCCUGAUCCGCCACCAGAUGAUCCACACCGGGGAAUGGCCCUACGAGUGUGGGGAGUGUGGGAAGGACUUCAGCUGCAGCUCCGCCCUCAUCACCCACCAAUGCAUCCACUCUGGGGAGAGGCCCUAUGAGUGUCUCGAGUGUCCGAAGAGGUUUCAGACCAGCUCCAGUCUCCUCCAGCACCAGCGGAUUCACAAAGAUAAGAUGCCCUUCCGCUGCUCCGAUUGCAGGGAGAACUUCAAGAGCAACUCCCACCUCAUCACCUACCGGCACAUCCUCACCAUGGAGAAGCCCUACGAGUGUGGGGAAUGUGGGAAGAGCUUCAGCCAGAGCUCCUACUUGAUCCACCACCAGAGAAUCCACACUGGGGAAAGGCCAUACAAAUGUGGGGAGUGUGGGAUGACCUUCACCCGAAGGUCACAACUGAUCAUCCACCAAAUGAUCCACACUGGGGAGAGGCCCUAUGAGUGUCCCCACUGUCAGAAGAGGUUUCGGAGCAGCUCAGGUCUCCUCCUGCACCAGUGGAUUCACACAGAGGAGAGGCCCUUCCGCUGCCCUGACUGCGGGAAGGGCUUCAAGCACAACUCUGCCCUCAUCACUCACUGGUGCAUCCACACUGGGGAGAGGUCCUACGAGUGUCCCCAGUGUGGGAAGAGCUUCUCAGACCGCUCAUUCUUUACCCGACACCACCAGAGGCACCAGAAAGGGAAGCCCUGCGAGGGCCCUGCCUGCGGGAAGAGCUUUGUGCACUGCUCCAACUCCAUCCCCAUCAUAGGACCCACACUGGUCAGAGCCCUGGUGACCCACAUUCCCUGUGAUACACAGAGGGAAGUGACUGGUGUUCUUUUUAUUUUUCCUCUAGUUAUCUUUUUUCUUCCUCCCUUCAAAACAGAAAAUUGGGGUAAAAAUAAACAAAUUCAUCAAAGGCAUCUCACCUUUUACUUGUGUUUUGGGGAAUCUUGGAUUCUGGGAGAUACCUGGGAGGAUAUGGGGGGGGUACCACCCUUCCUGCUGUGGGCCCUGCCUCUCCCCUCGUGGUCUCCACCUUCUCCACCCCAGGCUCCACCCCUGGCUGCCAUGACACUUCUGGCUUCCACAUCAGUGGAGCUGGAAGUGGCCAUGAUGGGUGGAGACUCUGACCCUGCCACAAUCGACAGGAUCAUCUACCCCUCCUCUGGGACAUCGACUCACCUGGGAGUAGCGGCGGCGUCGCGAACCCCGUACCCCGGCCCCCUUAGGCUAUCUUUUAAUAAAGGCCUUAUCAAGAAAGGAGCACAAGGUCUCCUGACCCUUUUAUUAUUUACAUCAAUUGGGGGCUCGUCCGGGAUCGGCCACGCCCACGAGGACCCAGGAGGACUGGCUAUCCGCCUCGGACCCUCGGUGGUCAGCUGGCCACAUCCAGACGGUGAAGACAGCCUACGGAGAGAGUCAACGGCUGAAGAGCGCCAGAUUGGUAAGACCUCCGGCGGCGGGAUACAGGAGGCGAGUGAGUGUGUGCGCGAAUGA